UGUUGUUGCAAUGCAAGUGGACACACUGAAUUGGUCUGCAUUACCACUAGGGUUUAAGCAGAAAGUUGUAAAUAUAUUGGAUUUUGAAACGAGAAAUUCACUGCUCCGCUGCUCCAAGACAGACCAUCAAAUAGUGGGAAAAUGCCCCGUCGCAUAUCAACAGUUGGAAAUAUCCACAAACCACAAGUUUUUAACUUCCCAGCACAAGAACACCAAAUUCGCAUUCAAAAUCAAAGCUUUAAGUUUUCAAAACAAGUUUUUUUGGCAAACGAGGUAUCUAGAAAAGCAAGAUGCAGUUGACCAUUUCAUGAUAUUAUUCAAAAAUCGAAAUUCGUUUGUGCAAUCCGUGAGAAUCAAGAACGGGCGAGAUAUCGAGAGCUUUCUAUAUCAUUUGUUGCUCAGAAUGCGGAAGGAGCAAGAGGAAAAUAAUUGUAGAGUGAAAAUCAAAGCUCGAGAAAUCGAAUGGGAAGGUGGAUUUCGGACGGAAUAUGUGUACUUAUUGGAGCUGCUCAGCUAUUUUGAUACUUCUGUGUUGCGGAUUAUAAAAAUCAAGAGUUAUUACAUGCUAAGAGACGCAGUAGACCGACUGAUAGCCACUAAGCAAUUCAGGAAUGCCAAAGAAGUUCACAUUUGCCCAAUGAUGCGUAUUCCGAUUGAGCCAUUUCUUCAUCUGGACUCUUUUGAAAUUUCUAUGACGUCUGUGAAGUCUGAUGAUGUAGUCACAUUAAUGAAGAAAUUUCAACAAAAGCUUACUCCCAACAACUGCCACUUUAGACUUACAAAUGAAGAAAAACUUGAAGACGACUUCCUUAACGAUGUAUUCCAAAAACUUGGCAUAGCGGGCGAUGGACCUGAGAGAGAAUCUAUAAGCACCGACGAAAAGAAUCAUAUCUCUAAGUUUCCGACCGUCGAAGAAAAAUCUUGGCUGUUGGUCAAAUUUGAGGAGUACUCAGUAUUCGGUGUAAUUGUUUCCAGCGAUUUUCUGGCAAGUCUUAAAUACGACGUUCUCAUUUUCAUGACUCUUCGGGAGCUAGGAUUCGAUUGCAAUUGUCCUCUUUUAUCUCUUGAAUAAAUGGUUUAUUUAUU